AUGCCUGCCAUUCCCAUCUUCAAAGACACUCCGAUCAACGCCUCCAAGGCGUCGGAAGCCACUCCGCAGACCGAGGAACCGCAAUCCAACGCUCACUCCCAUAACACCCCCGAGCUAUCGCACAGUCGAGUCGGCGCACCCGCACCCGCUCUCGCACCAUCAUCUACCCACCAGCAGCCGUACCCGCCGGCACAGCCUGGUGCCGCCCUGUCUCUCCCUGUCCAGACAGCUUCCGCACAAGCAUAUCCUGUCCCGCGGCCAACUCCAACUCAGAAGACGGAUGAUGUCAGCCCUCCACCGCCCCAGCCAGGUGCUGCCCCGAUGCCCAUGGCAGGCACUUCAACGCUGCCUCCGCCUCCGAAGGCGGGCGAGGCCUACCACCCUCCAGCCCCAACGCCCGCAACUCAGGCCACCCCUUUUUACCCUCCACAGAUGGGCAUUCCUCCUCCAGCCAUGUCUCACUCAGCGUUGCGAGGUUCUUCCACGUCUAUUGCCAGCGGACCUCAGAUGACUGGACCGCGACCCAUUCCACUAGGAGGCGAUCCUACAUCUAGCCUUGAACACCCUCCGGGAUAUCAACAGGACGUCGGUGCGUCUGAAUUCAGCAGCCAUCAAAGAGCUGCUCACCAUGCUGCGGUGACAUCGUCUGCUGAGAGAGGAUUCCAGACUCAGUCCGAAGAAGGGGUCUGGGACACAGCAAAAAAGUGGGCGCAAGCUGCUGGUGGCAGUCUGGCCGCAGCCGAGCAAGAGGUAUGGAAAAGGAUUAACAAAGACUAG